AAACAAGUCUGACUCGCAGAUGACCUUGCGGCGGGGGUUGUAAGCGAUGUCGAAUGUCGGGAUGAUUUCCAUGAAAAUGUCUGCUUCAUGGGAAGCUGAAAAGUCUUCAUCGAAUGCCAUUCCGAGACUCUGUAGCCUUAGUUUGGUGCAAAUAAUAUUGGAUAGGCCUAUUGAACCUGAAUGCCCAAACACAGGAUUUUAUGUAGUCGUUCGAAUGCGUGGUACAGCUCGUCGGGUUUUACGUUCGCCUGAGAUCACUCUUAUUUGUCCACGUGCUUCACAGCCACAAAAUGGGGUUGCAAACUUUCAUUCAAACAAUGUCCAACAUAAUCCAGCUGAGAUUGGCUGCGGCGACUCAACCGGUCAGGGAGGAUGUUCUCUUUCCCUCAACACACCUGGAUCAUUAGUUGGCGGUGGCGUUUCGGUUCUUAUUGACUUCACGUGCAAUAUUCAGUAUUCACAUUUCCUGACUCGUGAUUCUAAUACGCUUCAAAUUUUACUCCAACGUCGUAAAAAGUACAAAAGCAAAGCUGUGAAUUUAGGAUACAAGACACUUGCUUACUGUAAUGUCAGCCUUGCCCAAGUUUUACAACGUCGUAUCGAGAAUCGAUUUUUAGAUUUAUAUACCGAUCCAAAGUGUUCCACUCAUCCAAUUGGUAGAAUAGAAGUUUUAUACUUAUCAAGUUUACCUAUUGAAAAAGAUUUAUUAAACGGGAAGCGUAAAGUUGUAGAUGAAGAUGAGGAUUAUCCUAUACCAGAUGUUUAUAGUGAACAAGAGGAUUCAGAUCAUGUUGAAGAAAGUGAUGACGAUCAGAUAGCUGAGUGUGAAAUAGUUGGACAUAGUCGUCAAAAAAAGCUUGUUAAAGCUAUGUCUGUUGGUUGUGUAAAUCAAAAGCAAAUUAAGCAAAAAUUAAUUGGUUUACUGAAAAAAUUAAAAAUUAGUGAUCCUAAUGAGGUUGAUUUAGAUGUGGCUACAACAUCGAAAUUAUGGGAUGAAAUUGAUCGUAUAGCGACAGCUAGUGACAUCGAAGAGGAUUCAGAUGCGGAAAGUUAUAAUUUAGUCUCGAUUCAGAGUACACCACGACCAACACUUCGACCUUUUUUCGCUACAGCCGGUAGCUCUGAUGAUACAUUGAGUGCCGAUGCUGGAGCGAAAUUGUUGAAACGCCUACAAAGAGAGUUACUUGCCCAAAGUGAAACUGAUACAUCACCGGAUACUGUACAUCUACGAUCUAUGUUAGCUUCAGUUGGUAAAUCGGUAAGCUUUCAAAACCCAUUCGGGAAAUCUUCUGGAAAGUCCGAUUUAUUACCUUUAGAGAGAUUUUCCGCACUACCAGGUUCACCUACGACAACAUUUACUGAUUCUGGACCUUUGCAUUCCACUGAUUCUUCACUCCUUCAACGAGGUGGUGGUCAUAUGAUGAGUUUAGCUGGUGGCCGUUUCGCCAAACGAUUUGCGCAUAUUCGACGACGAUCUAAUUCAAAGCAUAUUUUUGGAAUGCAUAGACCCAAUAAAUCUAACUACAACCAGGAAUCUGAAACGGUUAAUCAACGUGUAGAAAAUAUUACUAUGGAAAGUGAAUCGUCAGAUGAUCACUCUCCAACUGAUGGUGGAUUAGAUCCUUCUUGUUUAUCUUUAUCUCGUGGACAAGAUACAGUUUUUGAUUAUUCCGCUUUACAUAAUUCUUCGGGAGAUUUCUCUCAAGCAAUAAACCCUACACUUUGUUCUACUCCAGAAACUAAUCGUUCGUAUAUAUUAGGCGAUAGAGGAAUUUCCGACGGGAAUAUUGCUUAUGAUGAAAAGAAAAUUCAUGAGAAAACACCAACCAAUUGUAAUACAGAUUUCUCAACUAGUGAAAAUAAAUCUUUUGAAGCAUCAGCAAAUUCUUUUGGUACUUCUGCGGAAAUGAAUCCGUCAAAUUUAGAAAAACUAGCAAGUGUCACAUUUAUUGUUGGUAGUUUCGAAAAAUCUGGAAAAAUUGUAUUUAGUCUACUAUCUGAAUUAAAUCUACGUUUAUUUAACGUAAAUUCACUCAUUGAAAUGCGUACAAUUUUCACACGUUUGGCUAAUGAAGCACAAAGCUAUACACGACGUAUAUCUGAUGGUGAUUAUAUUAGAAUUUGUAUACUCGGUGGAAAUUUAUUAAUUAAUCUUGUCUUACGUGCUUAUGUUGAUCAAUUAAGCUGUAGAUCUACAGAAUUGAUAACUGCUUUUCGAUUUUUCAUUAUACCAAUUGAUGGAUUAACUAGAUUUAUUCAUCAUUCAUCAGCAUUACAACAUCAACGAAGUCGGAACAACCUAAUGAAGACUAAUCAGAUAUCAGAAGUUGGUAGUCAACAACGGCAGCAGCAUACAAUAGGUACACCAAGUAACACUGGAUGUAAUCAAUCUAAUCUGAAUGAUUCAGAUUCUGAUCGUACUUCGCUGCCAUCAAUUCAUGGAUCAAAUUACUUUAACAAUCUGUUUACGUUUCAUCUUUGUCAAAUUGAUCCAGUUUAUGGAAGCUUAUUUUCAGAAUUAUGCAAUGAGUCUGCUUCUGUCGAUGUUAAUUCUACGAUGAAUGAUUUAGAUUUGUUAGUGCUACGAUCUGAAUUGGUUAAUCGUAUUGUGAAAUAUCUAACAAAUGGUAGAAAUGUCCAUCCAUUUCCUAUUGGAUCAUGUCUUCUUGGCUCAUCAAAAAAUACUUCAACUAAUGUAAAUAAAAUGCAAAAAUCUCUAACUACAGAUUGUACUAAUGCGAUGUCAAAUUUAUCUUCAACCAAUAUAAAUAUUGCAAAUCAGUCAGGUCAAGGAAUAACAGACCAAAAUGCUAGUUAUUCAGAUGGGAUUUCUUGUUCAGGUAAUAAUAAUAUUCAGAAUGAAGAAAUGGUUAUUCCAUUCAUUUUAAAUGUUCGUCUAGGCAAUUGUUCAACAUUAAAUUAUUCUGGCUUAUUGACAACUGUUCCAACACAGACUAAAUCUCAACACCAACAGCAGACUAGUCGAUCGUUUACUGCCGAUCCAUCUUCUAAUUCAUUUAAUACACCUACAGUAGUAACUAAUACAAGUACCGCUGACUUUGAUUUCAAAACACCUAGUGAUCCAGAACAAUCUUAUACUAAACGUAAUAUUAGUCCUGAAUCAGUUUCACAUAAUGCACCAAGAAUACGUCGAAAUUUUUCACUAUCAUUUCGUUCACAUAAAACACUACUUAAACAAAAAUCUUCAUGGAGAAAUGGAUCUUUUAGAACUAAUAACAACAGGAAUAGUGCUAGUAGUAGUAUUACUACUACCGCUACUACACGUUUGUCUGAUAUUCUACCCGGGUACAUUAAACAUUUACAUUCUAUACUGCAUACGAUAAUAGUAAAUACCAUUUCUCUAACCAGCAAACUUUAUGCCUUGGUUUUGAGCUUAUAAUUUAUCUGAACCACAAACAGUAUAUUUACACAAUGCUUGUGUUACGAAGUUAACAAAGGUUUUGUCUCUGAAUUUAUGUGUGUUAUUUAUAGUAUUUUUUAUUCGAUUCGCAACUAUUUUACACAAUUUAUUGUCCAUUAAUCUUCCAUUCAUUUAUCUAAUACCUUGCUGGAAUAAUCAAUUUUAGUCUAAUUUCUGCAUGUAACACCUUCAAUAUUAUGAUGUUUACCGUUAACUUGGCUGUCUUUUUUUCAAACGUGGUUUCAUCAGUAUAUAUUUUUCUAUUUAGAGAGAAUUAAGACACACAACAUAUAGUUCCUGGUGUAUAUGAGAAAUUUACUUAUUAUGUGUUUGUAUAAACACCUAUUAAAAUGACCUAUCUAUUUUUAACUUUUAUGAGAAAUUUCUUCACAUAUACUCUUAUCGUGAAAUAAACUAGUUUUUAAUCUAGAAUAAUAACAGUGGAUAACAAUAAAAUGUCUACAGUACAACCCGUUAAUCAGUUUCCGAACGUGAAAAACUAUAUAACAAUUACCACCUUAUUGUCUUGUGUAUCUUUAUUUUGACUUUUCAUUAGUGAACAAGAUCAUUCAAUUUUAUUGCAAAUUGAUGUACAAUUUUAACUACAAUUUAAAAAUGUGUGAAAAUUCCUUCGUAUGUUGGUACUGUGUGGGCAUGUGUGUAUAUAGCAAUUCGAAAAUAUUUUUCAAGGUGAAAAUUCUCAUGUUUUAGGGAUAAUAUACAUUUCUAUAUGAAUAUAAAAUCACAAUCCGAUCAAAGUUGGACAACCAUUGAAAACCUGGAGGCACUGGACGGCCGUUUCAUUGCAGUGUGAGACUUCUCAGUGGUGCACAUCGGUGACCCCACAAGUGGGGAUGAAACCCGUGGCCUUCGGUCUCGCAAACAGAUGCUUAACCUCUAGACCAUUGAACUGGCAACCUGUAGUGUUAAUGUCUAACUACAAUCAAUCCACGAUAUUGCGCGACCACCCGACAUGGGUCAGCUCCACAGUUUCUCACUAGAACUCAGGAAAUGUCUUUUUUUAGCUGGUCAUUAAUGAGCUGAGCUCAUGAUAAUUGUCUUUAUGGGUUGUGGAGAUUGUUGAUUAACAAUAAAAUCAUGAGUUGGUCAAACUUAGAAAACCUGUGAAAACCUAGAUGUUCACUUCUGAGAAGCCUCAUGCUAGGAUGAAACGUCCCUCCAGUGCUUUCAGGUUUUCACUGGUUGUCUAACUUUGAUCGGCUCGUGAUUAUGUUUUUAAUUAAAAACCCUCACAAGGCCAUUGUGGCAACAUAAAGAUAGAUUCAAUUAAACAUAGAUUACUUGACACGUUUCUGUUAUAAUUUUGUUCUUCAAAUUAAAUAAUGAUAAUAAUUAAAGAUUAAGAAUUUUCCGUGGAAUAGAUUAUAAAUCUGUUUCAGAUAGUUGAAGGUAAUUGCUAUGAAAACCUUGGACCAGGGUUUCGCACUCCUCGGUAGCAAUCAUCUUCAUUCUUGACUGAUAUGAUGCUAUUGUAGGAAUUUAACUUUGUUUUACUGUGUACUGUAUUCAAGGGUCUAAAUAAUCGACGACAGUAACCUUAAUUUCAAAUGUCUUAACUGAAUGACAUUUUUGGAAACUUGAUAAAUAUACGAAUACUGAAUAAUAUACUAGUAAAUAAGCAACGCGGAUAAGAUUGAUUAAAAUUAAAUUCUCGAAAAUGAUUGUCGGUGUAACAUAUUUAUCAAGCAUGUGUUAAUGUACGCGACUUUGCCCCACAUCUUGUAUCAGUAUGUGUGCCAUCAGUAGUUCAACUACUCAAAUUGAAAUAUGUGUGCGUCUUGGAGAAAGGUCAAAUGUAUGAUCUAAUAGUUCAAAGUCAUGAUUCAACUAUUAAAUUCUGAUUUUUAUUACGAAAAUCAAUAGUCAACGUUCAUUCUGUUUAUCAGUAGUGUGAAAACUAAUAAACCCAUAUGAUUACUUUUAAUUUUGUCAUAAUAUUUAUAUAGAUGAUUAUUUCUGACUUACCAAAUGUAAACGAAGUCAUUAUAUCAACGUGUAUUUGUGUUUGCUAAAUUAAGUUUUGCCUAAUUAAUUAGUUAUUUAUUUUAUGUCAGUGUCUUUCUACUUGUCUUUUUGUAUAAUGUAUGACGUAUUUCUAAUAUUUUCAUUUCUCUAGGGAAUGUGUUUUAUGCAUUUGAAUUUCAUUCAUACCAUUUAUUUUUACGCGUUUCCUCAUUCAAAUAACUACGGAGAUUUAAAUAUUUCAUAGAGCAUUACAUCAGUCUUUUAUCUGAAGAAAACUACCUAAAUAUACGAAUAUUUCCUUCUUAAUAAAACAAUUCAAACCAUAGAAAUAUUUUUAAUUUGCGGGUCUUUUUUCUUCAUUUAUAAUAAUUCAUUUGAUGAACAGUGCGAUCAUAUAAUCACUUAAGGUUUCUAAUCAUGCCCAGUAAUAGUUAAUGCUAAAUAUUCUAUUCAUUCAGAUUAAUCAACAGAAUUUCUUAAGUAUAUUAUAUUGAUUACGUGUUUUUAUUUAUUAUUUCUCAUUUAAACAAAGUUUAUUACUUUGGAUAUUUUAGUUUUAGUUUGACUGAAUUUCCAUUAAAGUUACAAAAAUGGAUUGAAAAAAAAAGAAACUGAUUACAGGAAUUCAUUCAUAUGAUACAUUAAACAUAAUUCUAUCGUAUUGUUACGCAGAGAUUGAUCAAGAUGUUUUCUGAUUAUUUUAUGUGUUAUUCAAUAGUUAGUACAUACAGUCAUUUAAGAUUUUUGAAUAUAGAUAUAUUCAUCAAAUGAACUUUCUAUCCGUGAUUGAACAAACUAUUUGGAUCUUGUCGAAUUUUAUGUAUGUGUGUGUUUAUGUUGAAAAGUUGUGAUAAUUAUGUACGAAAGCAAUCUAUAAUUUAUAUUCCUUGUAUAUAUGUCAUUUUAACAUUGAACCCGCUACAUCGAUAUUGUUAAGAAUCACUGAAUGUUCAAAGGCCUUUCUGUUUUGCAAAGUAUAUUAGAAUACCGUAUCUUUCAUACGUGGAGUCUAAUAAAUAUACACUUUUUAGAACUCUUCAUUUACCCUAAAUUCAUGUCUCCGAAAUGUUGCUUCACCAUAAUAUCGAGGAAUUUUAUAGGUUACACCUUUAUGUUCGAUAUUAUGAUUGGUUUUCAGCCAUUUUACUAACAGUAAUUCCUAUUAUUUUGGAAAUCCAAGGCAGUAAACACACUGAAUAAUACAUAAAAUUAAUAUUUUCUCAUGAUAAAUUCGAAUAAGACCUUAUCAUAUAAAGUGGGCCUCGUCGGUUGAGACUUGUAAUAAUUUUAUAAUAUUGAUUUUGAGAGUUUGGAGGCAAGAUACUCUGGAUCCAGUUCUCUUGCUAUUCAAGGCUUGUUAGCAGGGGAUAUUAGCAACCACCAAAGGAAUUGGUGCUUCCUACGUCAUGUGAGCCAUUGUCAAGGAAAUGAUGGAUUGUUAUUAACUGACUCCAAACACCUAGUAGCAACACAUAGUGCACUUGAUUUCGAGUCACUUAGGCCAACGGCCACAUUGUAGCUUGGCCGAUAAAAUUCGAUUACUGACUAAACUCAACACUGAUUAUUACUUAAUGGAACAAUUAAGACAUGUCACCAACAUUAUUUUUUGCAAAACACUUGACACGUUCUUGUAGCUGCUAAUUUGUUUACUAAUAUAAUAUAUUUUUUUCGUCGCACUUUCUAUUCAUGUCGCUUUUAAUCAUAAUGUGUGUGUGCAGCUUUUUAACAAUAUGCAAGUGAUAUUCUAUUUUCCUUUACAUGACUUAACUAUGUUUGACUUUGCUGCUUUUUAUUACAAAUAUUUUUUAAAUUAAUCUACUAAAUGCUUCAUAAUGCGCAUUAAUAAAAUCCUAACAAUGAAUUUUAAUGUUAAUUCAUACUUCUUUCCAAGCUACUAUUAACUACUCCAUUUAUUAAUAUUAUUUUGGCAAAUAUAGAUCACAUUCUUCUGCUCAAAGA